UCUAUCAAAAUCUGCAAGACAGAAGCUACAACCAGCAGGACAGGACAACACAGACACUUCUACCACAAUCUGCAAAGGCCAUAAUAACCAAGACAAGACCACCAAGUACUCAAAAAUGAUGAGAUCAACCAUGUUGUUUCUCUUGGUGACUCUUCUGGGCCUGACAGCCUCUGCUGGAGCACAUUGUCAUAAAGUAAAUGUUGCCCUGGCUGGAAAAGCUACCCAGUCAAACCAGUACGAACACAUAUUUGCUCAUGCCUCCAAUGCCAUCGAUGGAAACAGAAAUCCAAAUUAUUACGAUGGAUCCUGCUCUCACACUAGGCAGCAGACUAACUCCUGGUGGAGAGUGGAUCUUCUACAGAGUCACCAUAUCAAUUCGGUUGUUAUCACAAACAGAGGGGACUGUUGUGAAACUAGGAUCUAUGGAGCUGAAAUUCGCAUUGGAGACUCCCUGGACAACAAUGGCAUCAAUAAUCCCAGGUGUGCUGUCAUCUCUUCUAUCUCAGCUGGCGGUACCAGUACCUUCAGGUGUAAUGACAUGGUGGGUCGUUAUGUCACUGUGGUCAUUCCAAGGAAUGAGUACCUGCACCUGUGUGAGGUGGAGGUGUACGGGAGACCUCAUGACAACCAGAAUGAAUGCUGAGUAUUACGCACCUUGGAUGACUCAGAAAAUACUAAUAUCCUUCAAUCAAUUGUAACUUGAUUUUCUUUAGUUAUUUUGCUUGUAAUACAAACAGCAAAUAUUAGAGCAUUGAUCUCAUAGUGAGCAGAGUGGAAAGAGAUUUCUGACCCAUCCCAGCUGGUACCAGGGAAGUAGCCAAAAGUAAUCUGGGUUAGGGUUAGGGUCCAUCGUCUGAACCCUGCCUGCCCUCCUGUACUUUUGCUGUUCGGAUCACCCAUUACGACCAUUGCCUGUCCCCGACCUCCAACCAGUCAGCCUCUAUCUACGUCUUGCCAUCUGAUCCAACAUUUGAACUCUGCCUGUCUGUCUCUCAACUGCCUAUCCCUUAAUAAACAUCUGGAGCAUCAUCUCCUCUCUGCCUGUGUCUGCACUUGGGUC